AUGCCCGCGCCCGUAACAUUCCUACAGGGCUGGCUGCUCCUGUUUUCUAGCUUCCUUCAUCCGGGAAGCUCAGUACCGCUCAAAAGGGCUGACCCCUGCCCGGGGUACAGGGCUAGCAAUGUCCAGCGCUCGGAUAGCAGGUUUACGGCGGAUCUGACGUUGGCUGGGACGGAAUGCAACAUCUAUAGUCAAGACUUGCACAGCUUGACGUUCUUGGCAGAAUGGCAGACAGACUCACGUCUCCAUAUUAUCAUAUCCGACAAGGAUGAGCAAGUAUACCAAGUACCCGAUUUCGUCGUCCCGCGGCCAUCGGGGUCGGUCAGCUCCAACGCGGCCCUACUCGAUGUGUCUAUAGAAGAAGAGCCAUUCACAUUCACCGUCACACGAAAAAGCAACGGCGAGGAAAUCUUCUCGACAAAAGGCUCCAACCUCGUAUUCGAAACGCAGUAUUGGCGACUAAGAACUUCCCUACCCAACAACCCGUCGCUGUAUGGUCUAGGCGAACAUACCGACUCCUUACGAUUGCCUACCUCUAACUAUGUCCGGACUAUGUGGGCGCGCGAUGCCGGCGCCGUGCCCCAGAACUCCAACUUAUAUGGCACCCAUCCAGUCUACUACGAACAGCGGGCAGGUUCUGGCAAUUCGCACGGUGUGCUUCUAUUGAAUAGCAAUGGUAUGGAUAUCAAAAUCAACAAUGAUAAUGGCCAAUACCUGGAGUACAACGUAGUAGGUGGAGUCAUCGACCUUUACUUUUUGGCCGGUCCAGGUCCACUCGACGUUGCUCGCGAGUACAGCGAAAUCACGCAGAAAGCGGCCAUGAUGCCGUACUGGGGUCUGGGCUUUCAUCAAUGCCGUUUUGGAUAUAAGAGCGUCGAAGAAGUUGCGGCUGUGGUGGCGAACUACCGCAAGGCCAAAAUCCCCCUAGAGACGAUGUGGACAGAUAUUGAUUACAUGGACAAGUACAAGGUCUUUACUUUAGGAGAGAAGUUCCCACUUGACGGUAUGCGAAGUUUGGUCAAAGACCUACAUGGAAACGACCAGCAUUAUAUUGUCAUGGUGGAUCCAGCUGUUGCUGCUCAAGACUACGACGCCUAUAACAAUGGCGUAUCCAAGAACGUCUUUCUGAAGAAGGCUGACGGCAGUGUCUAUAAGGGAAGAGUGUGGCCUGGCGUGACUGCUUUCCCAGACUGGUUCCACGAGAACACGCAAGGCUACUGGGACAGCGAGUUUGCUACGUUCUUCGAUGCCGAUACUGGGGUCGAUAUUGAUGCCUUGUGGAUCGACAUGAACGAACCAUCGAACUUCUGCAAUUUCCCAUGCGACAACCCGGAGGUUCAAACAAACAGCGAAACUCUGAUUGCAUCACGAUUUUUCGCCCCGCGUGCUGCCACACCUGAAGUAGUUACUCCUCAGGUUGAAGUUCGCGUUCUUGCUCCUCGUCAGGAGGGUGGCAAAAAGAAAGGGCUCCCCGGACGCAAUCUUCUCGACCCCUCGUAUAAGAUCAAGAACGCGUAUGGUAUCUUGAGCAACAAAACUGCGAAUACAGACCUCAUACAUCAAGGUGGCUGGGCCGAGUACGACACUCACAAUUUGUACGGCACGAUGAUGAGCAGCGCAAACCGAAAAACCAUGCUCAAGCGACGACCCGACAAGCGCCCUAUGGUUAUCACGCGCAGCACCUUUGUCGGGGCUGGAAGCUAUGUGGGCCAUUGGUUGGGUGACAAUGUCUCAGCAUGGGACCAAUACCUCGCGUCUAUCCGCCAUUUACUCCAAUUUGUGUCUUUUUUCCAAGUACCCAUGGUCGGCGCUGAUGUGUGUGGAUUCCUCGAGAGUACCAACGAGCACCUCUGCGCUCGCUGGACAGUUCUAGGAGCUUUCUAUCCUUUCUAUAGGAACCACAACGUCGACGGCGCUACCCCCCAGGAAGCGUACCGCUGGGAGUCAGUAGCUGCAGCGGCGAGGAAGGCCAUUGAUAUUCGAUACCGUCUUCUCGAUUACAUUUAUACCGCUAUGCAUAAGCAGACUGUAGACGGAACUCCCAUGCUUGCACCCCUGUGGAUGUACUACCCUUCUGACGCCAACACUCUCGCCAUCGAAACGCAAUUCUUGUACGGCUCUUCCUUGCUCAUCAACCCCGUUGUUCAGGAGUCUUCCACCUCAGUAUCCUUCUACCUUCCCAACGACGUCUGGUACGAUUUUGCCACACUCAAACCCGUUCCAGGUUCAGGCACAACAAUCACUUACUCCGGCGUGUCCGAUACUGAUAUUCCCAUCCUUGUGCGUGGAGGCUCUAUCAUCCCCCUACGUGUGAAGAGCGCGAUGACAACGAAGGCGCUGAGAGACCAGGACUUUGAGUUGCUUGUGGCACCUGACAAGAACGGGAAUGCACAGGGGACGUUGUAUCUUGAUGAUGGGGAGAGUCUUGUGCAGAGUGGCACCAGUGAGAUCAGCUUCAGUUGGAACGGAAAUACGAUCAAGAUGGGGGGUUCGUUUGGAUUCGGGACCCGUGUUGGAGUGAAGAGUGUUACCGUGCUGGAUAAUGAAGGCGCACAGAAGUAUGACUUGAAUGAAGGUUUAGAUGGGCCAUGGGAGCACAAGGUGGCGGAUUUGAAGAAGUCGUGA